CACAUUCCAACGACUUCGCCAGGGCUCCUCGAGAAAAACGAAAAAGGGCUUGCAAACCGGGCUGGCGUGACGAACCUGGCCUCGUUUGCUAUAAAAGGCCGUUCAGCGGACCUCGCCCCUCAGCGCUUUCACCCCGCAAUCAAUCGCAGCAGCAACAGCCCACAAUGGCCCACCCAACACUCCUCCGUCUGGGAAACACCCUCGUCUACAUCUUCUUCCUCUCCUCGUCUCUGUACGAUGUCGCUGGUCCGGACAGCGGCAGCAUCGGCUACGGCAAGCACCAGACGUAUCUGACUCCUGCGCCGUUUGCGUUUGCGAUCUGGGGUUUGAUCCACUUUUUGUUCUUUGGAUUUGUUGUUUGGCAGUGGUUUGCCCCCAAGGAAGAGAGCGACGAGAUCGUUGUCAACGGCUACGGAAGCUGGUUCAUCAUCGCCGGUCUCCUCACAUCGCUCUGGCACAACAACUGGGAGUCAGGCCACCUCGUCAUCAGCUUGAUCAUCCUCCUAUUCGCCUCCGGAUCCGUCACCUCCAUCUACUACCAGCUCCAAUCCCGCCCCGCCAAAACUCCCAUCGAGCACCUGUUCGUUCACGCCCCCGUCUCCCUCUUCCACGGCUGGCUCGUCUUCAUCACAUGGCUUAACAUCUUUGCCAUCUUCACCAAGGUCGCUGACCCGGCCCACCCCAAUCUCCUGCACCGCAUCCUCGUCUUCCUUGUGCUGUUGAAGCUGGCGUUCACCGCUAUGGGAUACACGGAGCUGAAGAACAACGCUCACGGCGACAUUGCUGGGGCGUUCGCCAUCACAUGGGCGUUGAUCGCCGUCGGCGUUGGGCAGGAGAGCAAGUUCAUCACAAUCUCUGCUCUUGUCCUCGCUGGAUGGUCCACCGUGUAUGCGCUCAAACCCCAGGUUUUCAAGAAGAGCGCCAUCACAUCCGAGCGUCAGCCUUUGUUGGGCGCUCCCGGCAACGUCGUUUAAAGGACGUUGAUUUGACGUAGCAGCACCGUCAGUGGUGCUAGAGUGCAUCCCCCAAGUCGUAUUUCUGUAUCAUCGCCUGUGUGGUGUAGUCGCCUUUCCCUUCAUUUUUUUGGGCGUAGUUUUACCCAUCCCUCCGUCGCCGAUAGCAUUUCUGUAUAUGUAGCAAAGUAUAUUUGUUUGUGAAUGAAUAUGAUACAACCAUGUUUGAAGAAAAAA